GACAGCUGUAGUCCACUAUCGAGAGAUCUGGCGUAGCUCGAGCUUUCGGCGUAAAAGCGCUAAUGCGGGGCUGGAGGAAAAUGAUGACGAUGUUGGUACUAGUAGUCAAAUAAGUCAAAAGUGUCAAAAUUAUAAGGAUGCAAAUGUUGAGAAGCCGGACAACUACACUUCGUCUUCACCUUCAUCACAACUUCGUUACCGUAGUAGUCGUUGUUUUUCGCUAGUGGAGUUGAUACCCCAAAGCGCUGAAAUGCAUCUUCUCCGCGCAUCCCUUGCCUUCGGUCUGGGUAUGACGGUUUUAGGCGACGCAGUGUAUGAUAGAGCAUUGCGAUGUAGGGAUUUUAGAGCAGAAGCAGAGAGAUGGGUCAAAGAUUUGGAGGGAUUCGAACAGAAAAUGCUUGCGAGACAAUUGGGAACGCUAGCGGGAACGUCGAAUGAUCAUAGAUCGUCAAGAAAUGACGUUAAUCCGAGGGAAGGAUCUAUUACAGCUCCUACAACAAAGGCUCCCCGUCAAACACCGGCAGUAUCUGCCAGUAAGUUGUCCCGCGAAGUGGCAGAACUUGAGCGGAGAAAAGUAGGCGGUAUUGGGUCAUUAAGCAUUCGACAGCCGAGGGCGCGAGGGACGGAAACUGCUAGUGAAGCACGUGCUCCUCCUCCUGUAGACCAACUUGAGGGACAAUUCCGAAGUGGGCGGAGACCGCAGACGACAAAAUACUCGAGUACGGCCGCAUCAAACUCUUUUGACAUCUUCAACAAGAAAAGAAAAAGCAAGGGUAACUUCAUUGAAGGUGGUGAUCGUGAUGCUACUUCGAAGAAUGCUUCCCUGCCGAGCGCUGGAGUCGCUCUCCUUGAACCAGAUAAGCUUCUAUCAAACACCGCUGGUGCGUCAGGACAAGGUUCACAACAUCAGCAUAUCUUGAAGCAGUGGCCUGAACUCCAUGGCAAUCAAGAAAGCCCACACUUACUCCGUUCCAUGCACGAUAGGUAUAUGGCAGUUGAGCAAAUGCUUAAAAAACGAGGAAAAAACUCGUCUGACUCAUCUUCGGACGCUAGUGGUGGCAAAGGUCGUAAACAUAAAAGGAGGAGAUUCAAAAGCGAGAGGCACAAACAGGAGUAUGAGGCACGCGAACGGUUGUUGUCUGCGGCUGAACAUAACGCACAGAAAUUAGAACAGCAGACAAGAUUUACUUCGAGUCAGAGAGGAGAUCAUUCAUCUUCUUCUGACGAGGGAGGUGGAACAACGACAACGACCAAGAACAACAAGCCAAGAUUGUUUUUCGAUUCCACAGGAGCUCCAAUCAAGUCUAUAUCCGCUUCAGAUCCAAAUGACAGCAUAACCGAGAAAGACGGUGAUCCCUUCGACGACGAACCCCAGGAUUACAAAAGCCAAUUGCGAAUCAAGCGUGCGAAACGAAGGGUCAAUUUCCUAGUAGCGAAGAAACGUGCUGAAGGACCGUUUGGCGGUCAGAAACCAUCUUGGUACAUAGAAUCCGAGGACGACAGAGAAGUUCGUAAAGCGUUCGCUUUUACGGAUUUAGAAGGACAGGAUGAAAACGACUGUUUCAUUCGGAAAGAUCACAACGAUUCAACUAGUACUGGAAGAAGCAUGCUCGAGGACGGGGAGAAUGAAGAUGAAACAUCACUGGACGGACUGACGACAACCGCGCUGCAAAAUGAUAGAUCGCCUUCGGGGUCAACGUCAACAUCUGCUAAUGUCCCACUACAUCUCUACCUAAGAGAAAUGCGUAUGCGCACGUUUGCUAGUAAGGAGAUUGCAUGCACAGCCGAUCCUCCGAAAUUUUUCGCUGAUAGCGUUCUGCGCACUAUCGGAUGGGCAUCAACGUGGAACGAUGUGCAGGAGAAGUUCUGAUAAUGUGGAGGUUAGAAGCAUCACGUUCGCCUGCAAGUAAAGAGUGAUAAUUCAUUCAACGUUUUUUGUUUGUUUUUGCGGUCGCUCAUUCGAUGAAUUUUCACGACGAUCAAUCAACUUCCACGGAGAAACAACGCCAAAGGGAUUCUUUCGUUGCUGCUACGAGGACUACGACUAGCUGAAUAGUGUAUCACUAUAAAUAUUAAAUCAAAUAACACUGAGAAGUCAU